CCCGGGGCGGGCCGGGGCGGGUCCCGGCUCCCGAUCCUGGGCCCAGCUGACCGGGCCGCUCUCCCCCGCGCUGGCUCCUGCCCCCGCGUGCAGGGCCCGGCCGCAGCCAUGUCGCGCCCGUUGGAGCUCUCGGUGCAGGAUCUCAACGACCUGCUCUCGGACGGCAGUGGUUGCUACAGCCUCCCGAGCCAGCCCUGCAACGAGGUCACCCCGAGGAUCUACGUGGGCAACGCGUCUGUGGCUCAAGACAUCCCCAAGCUGCAGAAACUGGGCAUAACCCAUGUCCUGAAUGCCGCCGAGGGCAGGUCUUUCAUGCAUGUUAACACCAAUGCCAACUUCUACAAGGACACCGGCAUCACCUACCUGGGCAUCAAGGCCAACGACACGCAGGAGUUCAACCUCAGCGCCUACUUUGAAAAGACUGCAGACUUCAUUGACCAGGCCUUGGCUCAAAAGAAUGGCCGGGUGCUUGUCCACUGCCGUGAAGGUUACAGCCGCUCCCCGACCCUGGUCAUCGCGUACCUCAUGAUGCGCCAGAAGAUGGACGUCAGGUCUGCCCUGAGCAUCGUGAGGCAGAACCGUGAGAUCGGCCCUAACGACGGUUUCCUGGCCCAGCUCUGCCAGCUCAAUGAGAGACUGGUCAAGGAGGGGAAAUUGUAACUCUAGGGUGCCCCCACUGCUUCUCCUCUUAGGCCAGACAGGGGGGGCCCUGGAGGAGAGUGUCCGGAGCCGCCAUGUUUAGGAAACACCGUGUACCCUGCUCCCAGCAUCACCAGGCACUUGCCAACACGUCUGUCCCAACACAGCCCUAGGCCACUCCCCCCUGGGGAGCACAUAAAGGAGCUUGCUGAAGAGGGCAUGCCUGCUCUCUCGUGUUGUCCUGUUCCUGUCAUUUGUGAUGUCCUCUCCUCAAGGUGGGGACUCAGAGGGGUCAGGCCUGUGACAUGCAUGCUUCUCCUUGAUGACCCAGGGCAGACGUUCUGUGGAAGCAGAAGGCCUGAGAUGCUCACAGGGGGCCCCUGUAACCUUCCUCCUGCCGCCUGGCUUCUCUCCUGAGUGGCGUUCUCAGCAUCUUGAGUCCUGGUAAAGGAACUGUGCCAACACGGGUCCCCCUCUCCCCCCAGGCCUGUCCCUCUGGUCUCCUCACAGCCCUGCCCACCUUGCUCACAGGCACAGGUACAUCACAGGGUCGAAGUGGGGGCCGGGAGUGUCUGUCGUCGUUAGUGGGUGGAAAUUCCCACAAAGCGACCGUUUUCAUUAUGUCCUUAGAAUUAAAGAUAACUAAACACAGAGGCCCUCAGGUGAGCAGAUUCCCACAGAGGACUCUCCUAAAUUCAUAAAUGAAUAGUCUUUAAAUGUGGCUCUUUGGAAGGCUUGGGUUCAGAAUCCACCACCUUGAUCUUUUACUUGAACGGCUGUCGGGCACUUUAUUAGAAAAGUGAUGCCUCUGGCAUGGUUUUCUUUUUUAGAAGACAGGGUGUUGAAGUCUAGCCUAUUUAAAAACCCCACCAUUUGGGGAAUUACAAGGGUUUCGUCCUGAAUUAUAGUGUGGGUGAGCCCGCCGCACUCGUGCUGCUUUUUGUCUCGGUUGUUAUUCCAAGAACAGAGGGAGGAAGUUGGCCAAUUAGAGCCUGGGGGUGGGGAUGGGGGUGCGUGGGGUGUGUGUGCCUCUCGGAAGCACAGCCAGAGGGUCCCAGGCACACACCCUACCCGUUUCCAGGCGGUUCUUGCCAGUCCCUGGUGUCAAUGCAAGAUCCUUGGAGCCCUGGAAGCCAAAGUGACUCAGCCAGGCAGAAUUAAAACACCGUGGAGCUUCCAAACAGAGCCUUUAGCGGUGAUAGGGUAAACAAGCAAUCAAAAAGAAGUGGCCUUUUCAGGACUUUCCUCAGGAGGAUGUUGGGAUGCACUAGCACUUGCACUCACAUGUGUGCACACAUUCGUCAGGAUGUAGUUUUGAACACAGCCUUGUUAGGAUUUUUGCAUUAUGUCUUUGUGGGAAGUGAUGCAAAGCUAUUUAUCUUCAGCUUCCCCAAGGGCAGAGAGAAGAGGUCCCCAGAUAUGCCCCCAGUGCCUAGCAUCUUAUACAAGUUUGAGGAAUUAAGCUUUGUUUUUGAGCACCAAAUAUCUGUAGGGCAUUGCUCCAGUGGGUGAACAAAGCUCGCAGGGACUUGAACUCAUGGUAGGGCCACUUGCAAAGGUUUGCAAAGGAAUCUUACCUGCAGUGAAGUAUCAGGGAUUUUGGUUGACUAUUUAAAAUUAAGUUUAAAAUUUAAGUUCAGAAAGUGUUAGCACUGUCGAAGUAGGGAAUGUGCCCUUUUCAGAGUCUACCAAGGAGCUUUUCAAUCUAGAAAAAAGAGCCUGAGUUUGGAAGCAGGCAUGCCUUGGGGCCUCUCUCCCAGGUGGAAGGUGGAGCCCCGGGCUUCACUCUCCCCUUUCCUCUGUGACCCCAGCAGCCCUGAAGAACGAACUCUGCCCUCUUAUCUAGAGACUGGGGCACCCAGAGAGAGCCACCUCCAUGAAAUUGCCCGCCUCCAAACUGUGCACCUCACUUGAUUGUUUUCAGAUAGCUCUCCUACUUAGUCUAACUCGAUGCUCACAAUAACCAUGUAAAAUUGGCUGAGCUUAUUGAUGUAUUGUUACUUUAAAAAAAAAAAAAAAAAGGGAACUGGGCUCAGAAUGAUUAAGGGUGUGCCCAAGGGUUGCCUGGCUCAUUGAAGCAGAGCAGGGGCAAGAUUUCAGGUUUGCUCCUCUCUGAGGCUGAUUUCUUGCUUUCACAUCAUACUCCUCCUCACGAAAUAAGCCCCUGGACACUCUGAGUGUCCAGGUGGGCUGUCCAUGCCCUUGACCCACCCCAGGUGCACAAGGGCCUGUUAGCUGUGGCCACGGAGUCUACUGGUACAAGUUGGUUGCCAGUGGGACUCUGGAUGAGGUUGGGACGGAGUUAGCACAAAUCCAUCUCUGCUCCUGGAGAAGAAAGUAAAAGAUGUGGGCCCCCAACUGGGUUAGAAUACGGGGGUCUUCUUCCAAGCAAAGUGCAGGACCCCUAAGUCAGAGCCUACUGCUCCGCACCUGGACGAUGCUUGGGAGCUGGGGCUGGGGCUCCCUUCCCACUCCCAGGCUGCGGCCACCCUCCGCAGACAGCCACGACCACUGAAGCGAAGGCUGUAGGUGGUUAACCAGGAGCUCUUGAAGGUCUCCUUUUGGGGGUAUCAGGGAGAAAAGGCCAUUGGGAAAAUUAUUUCUUUUACUUUAGGGCUACUUCUUUGCUGAGAAUUGAGAAUUUCUUGAUAGUCUUUAGUCCCGACAACCCCAGAUUUACUUCACGAGAUUUAGCUCCUAGUUCUGUAAGUAAAGUAAAAUUAAAUUCUGCUGUGUAAGAGCCAGUACAUGCCCAGCUGUGCGUGGGAGCUGUGCUCAGAUAGCUUUCUAUGCCCAAGGAAAUAUUGGACUUGGAACUCAGGGUGCCUUUCCCCGUUCCCCAACCUGAUCCCUUUCUUUGACUAUCAGAGCCCCAUCAGGCAGAAUUGGGACACCCACAGUUUUCUUCUUGAUCCUAAAGCAGUACAUCUUUCCACAGUCUGGUCUGUUUCCCUGCCAUUUGAGUUACCUCGAGAGCAGAAGCCAUUUAUAAAACGAUGCGGCUCAUCCAUAAGCACUCGAGUCCCUUCCAGCUCUGACACGUAGGGUUCUCUAAGAAUCCCCAGCUGGAAUUCACAAUCACCCCAAAAUGUACGGCAUGUGAGUAAUAACAUGACCUGCAGGAGGCACUUGUGCCGACCAUGGUGAUGGAUGGUUUGAAAAGGGAAGUUGGUGCCUUUUGCAUCACCAGAUAAUGUUAAGAUGCUAACGUUGUAACUAAUAUGAAUAUGUGAUCUUUUCUCGCAGGAAAAUGUCUUUGUCAUAACACUGGUUUCAGGAACCACUGAAGAGCCAGCAAUGAUGGUUCUUCCAAAUCAAGAUUUUGUAUAUUCAGAAAAAGAGAGGCCAUCUCGGGUGGAGAGAGCAGGCAGGUUGGAAGCUUAAAUUGUGUUCCCUGUUACCUUCUGCCAACUUUUUUUUUUUUUUUUUUGGUAAUCUGAUUGUGAAAGAGUGAAUUUUCUGGAAGGAAAAGGGGGAGAUAUCAAAUUGGUUUUUUAAACACUUAAUGUAUGUUGUAUCACAAAUCAGUGUUAAAACGCUAAAAUUGUAACCAAAAUAAGUGUCUUACAUCACAAACAAA